GGUGACGCCAGGUGGCGGUGGAGCCGCGCAGGCGGCCUUCCCCCCUCCCGGUGGCGCCGAAAUCAAGCCAGCUCCGGAGACCACCAUGUCCAAGAAAAAAGGACUGAGCUUUGAGGAGAAGAGAGCUCGCAUGAUGGAGAUCUUUUUUGAAACAUGUCUUUUAUGUUUUAUGCAGAAAGAUGUGUUCCAGUUGAAGGAUAUAGAGAAGAUUGCUUCAAAAGACAAAGGGAUUACUUCCAUGUCGGUCAAAGAGGUUCUGCAAAGCUUAGUUGAUGAUGGCAUGGUGGACACUGACAGAAUCGGAACUUCCAAUUACUUCUGGGCUUUCCCAAGUAAAGCUCUUCAUGCCAGGAAGCGUAAAUUAGAAGAAUUGCAGACUCAGGAAUGCUUUGAAGUGCGUUCUCUGUACGCUUUCUGUCAAUUCCACUUAAUUUUUUCAGUGACCUUUCUAGAGCUGGUGAGUGGGAAGUUUGCAGAAACCAGUCAGAAAAAAGAGAUUUUACAAAAAGGCAUGGAAAAAUCAAAAAUUGGACGUGAAAAUACUGCAGAACGUGCAGCUCUGAUGAAGGAACUUGCUGCCCUCCAGCAGAAAAAAGAGCAGCUAAAGGCAGAAAUAGAAAAAUACAAGGAAUAUGAUCCAGACGUUGUUGAAGAAAUGCAAAUGAAUCGUCAGCAAUCCAUUUGGUCCUGUUUUAAAACCACGAAGACAACUUCUAAUGGAAGUGAUCUGCAGAUCAUUUUUAUUGAAGACAAAAAGGCUUCUGUGGGGUCUGUCAAAUGGAGUCUUCCCUGGCCUUGCUGAAAGAAAAAGAAAAGAAGAAAACGCAUUGCCAAUCUUCCAUUUGUUACUAUGGUAGGGUGUGUUUUCAUUGUAGGGCUGUAUAUCACCAAUGAAUAUUCUUCGUGUAGAUACCUCAUUCAUCAAUAUUUAACUAAAGAUAUCUUGCAAGGUGUGUGGUAUCACUGCAAAAGCAAUCAUGGUACUGGUGGUAUAUUUGAGAGCAUUUCUUUUGUUUCUCUCCUCCUCACUUGAGCAUCUUGUGAGCUAGUUUCACUGGAAAGAAUGGGAUAUUUGAGGAAAAAAAGACUGGAAAAGAAAACAAUUCGGAAAUAUAUAGAGGAUCACAGGUUUUAUCCUUGCCAAUGUAAAAGACCUUUGUAGAAAUGGGACAAGUAUUUCCUUUGUGUUUUGUCUCUGUUUUGCACUAUGCUGUUAUAUGGAAAGAAGGGAAACACAGUCUAGAUGAAACAGCAGUAGCAUGAAUCUUAGACUACUUUGUAAUUGUGCACAACGUAUAUUCAUUAUAAUUCAGCAUCAGAAAGGAAGGUUGAAUCAAAGUGCUUCUAAUAGGGUCUGUCAUGCCUGUGUGUCUGCUCAGUAUUUAUAUUAACAAGCUAGAUAAUAAAAUAGAAGAUCUUUGUUAUGUUUGCAGAUGAUGUGACACUAGGAUAGCCUGCAUGGACAAAGGACGAGGUGAGGUCUCAAAAUGAACGUGACAAAUUGCAAAGAUGGUCUGAGAAACACUGAAUAGAUUUCAGUAGUGAUCGAGUGCAAGGAGCUAUGUGUGUUCAAGGGUAUUUUGUUACUCAAGUCCUCUGGAGCAGUUGGCUGUGCAGGGAGGGCUGAAAAAAGCUGUUGUGUUUUUUGAAAUUUCCAGGUUCAAUGUAAGACAUUUGUGUUGCGAGGCAAAAUUGCCUGAUCAUGAUACAGAAAUGGGAACAUAACCAGCAAUAAGAUAUAUAAUUUUUUCUACUCAAGUUGACAUUAGUGAGUUUUCAGGUGGGAACACUGUUCAGUUUUGGAUAUCAUGCUUUAAGAUAUGAAACUAACUGGAGAGAAUUCAGAGUGGAGCAAAAAGAGUGGAGAUGUAGCAACCAUGUUAUAGGAGGAAAAAUGGCUUGAAAGAAGAUUGAUUCCAAUAGGUCUCGCAUACUUCUACUUCAAGAAAGGACAGGAGUAACCUGUUGAUUAGGUUCAUGGAGAACUCAGCAAAAAGUAAUUAGUUUUGCAUUGCAAAAACGAAAAAAAAAGAGAUGAAAAGCUAUUCUAAUAGUAGCAAUAAUUAAACACAGAAAUAGAUUGCUUAGGGAAGUCAGAAACUCUCUAACACUUGAAACCUUUGAAACAGGUACAGACGAACACCUUGGGAAUGGCAUAGGUAAGCCUGGACAGGUUUUGAGUCCUGUUCAUAGGUGCAUUACAGGCAUUUCUCUGCAGCACAGGAGCAAAAAGCUUAUUGCUCUGUGAUGGACCUUUGUGAGAAACACAGUUCAGCAGCACAGCUGAACUUGUACUGGUAAAGUGGGGAGGGAAGGGUUGUCCUCUGAGAGAAAAAAAAAAAAAAAAAGGUGUUGGGAGGGAGCCCUGAGUCAGAAGGCUGGUGUGCUUGUUUUCUUGUAUAAGAACAUUGCUUCCUUCUUUUCUGUUUGUUGGCUAAGAAUAGAUGUAUUUUAGUUACAUAACUAUGAGUUCAGUGUGGGCUACUGAAAUGAUGAGUUGAGGUAGCAUACUGAAAAGAUAAAUAUUCUUUUUCUGUGGGCAUGUGAAUACAGUAAACUUGAGUACAAGAGCAUCUUAAGCAUCUUAUUUUGCAUAAAGGAAUCUUUUGGUAGUGGUUUUGAAAAAUUCUGUUGGAUGCUUUUCAAAGACACACUGUGUACAUCCUGAUGAAAUUUGACAAUGUGACCUUUUUAUAUGGGACAGAGGGAGCUGUUGCUGAUGAGACUUGACACUUUUUUCAAACAAAAAAAGAUUGCAGACCCUUUAAAAACAUAUUCUCAGAGAUGUGGAUCAGCUUAUUGGUGGCUUUUAUAUACACUGCUGCGUCUCAGCAAAUAUUAAUACUAUUGUAUUCAUGUGCUUAGGUCUAUUUUCCAACAUAUAAAAUGAAUGUUUUUUCUGUCAUGACUUAGUGUAUUGUGUCCCAGGCUUUCCAAAAUAGUUGUGGAUCCCUAGGUAGGUGUCAUAAUGAACACUUUUUUCCCUGUAGUUCUGAAACAUUUUUUUUUCAAAGUGUAAAUGUAAACAAACAAAUAAAUAAAUAAAUGGUACUACACUUUA